AUGUCUUCCCCAAAAGGCAUUCGUGUAGUGUGCGCGAUAGAUUUUGGUACAAAAUAUUCGCGUUUUGCAUACACUCAUGUAGUAAAUCCUAAAAUUAUAGUGAAUGAAAGUUGGCCUGAGCAAACAGGUUUUCCUGCGUUGGCUCAACGAUAUAAUCGUCGAAGGAAAAAUAAUUCAAGACCUGUUGAAUUAUUUAAAUUGCAUUUGAUGGACGUGCCGGAAGAUCGAAAGCCUAUUUUGCCAGAAAGAUUAGAUUAUAAGAAAGCAAUCGCUGAUUAUCUUUCUGAAGCUGCUGCGAUUUAUUGUAUAAGAUCUUUAAAUGAAUAUUCUAUGACUAAAGUUGGGAACAUAGGCGGUGAUACCGUAGACAUAACAAUAAGAAAAAUAUUACCAGGUAAUAAAUUAGGCGAAAUAACCGAACAAAUUGGUGACUUUUGUGGUGGAAGUUUUGUCGAUAAAGAGUUUAUCAAUUUUCUUACUCUAAAAGUUGGUAAACUUGCUAUGAAUUCAGUUAAAGAUAAUAAUUAUGAUUUAUUACAAUACCUGGCUCAAGAAUUUUGUCGAGUUGCUAAAUUCCCAUUUACUGGUGAACAGAAAGACUUUAAAACAUUUGAAUUGGAUCUUGAAAAUUUGUGUCCAGUUUUAAAAAAUUAUGUUGAUGAUACUACUGAAAAACAAUUGGAAGAAUUAGAAUGGGUGAUUGAUAUUGAAUUUGAAGAUGUUAAGGGAAUGUUUGAUCCCGUAAUUGGCAGGAUCAUUCGUUUGAUACGUGGUCAAUUGGAUGCAUGUAAGAAUUGUACUGCGAUUUUUUUGGUAGGUGGGUUUAGUGAAUCUAAAUACCUGCGAAAAAGGAUCAAGGAAGAAUUUGGCAAAAGAGUACCUAUUAUUUCAAGUCCUGAUAAGCCUAUUACUGCUAUUGUCCGGGGAGCUUUACUUUAUGGUCUCGCUGUAGUAAAAUCACGUGUAUUGAGGUAUACCUACGGUAUUAGAUCCUUAUCUGAUUGGCAACCUGGUGAUCCUGUGAACCGAAGAACUCCUGAUGGAAAGAUCUUUAAAUUUCAUAACUUAAUACAGCGUGGAAAGAAAGUAGAGAUUAAUGAACAAGUUUCUGAUAUUCUUCGUGUUGCACAUGCGGAUCAGGUAGAUAUGUGCAUGGAUAUAUAUGUUACACGUGCGUAUGAGGUAAAAUAUUGCGAUGAACCUGGUGUUGAAUUACUUGGAAAGCUUACAAUUAAUAUGCCCGAUAAACAUCUUGGACUUAAUCGCUCAGUUGUCUACACGCUUUCAUUUGGAGAGACAGAAAUUAGGGCCACUACAAAGAACAAAGCAGGAAAAGAAUAUCAUACCAUUUUCGAAUUAAUUUUCGACCAGAAUUACAUAUUUUAA